AUGGUAUUAUAUGUUUUAGGCAAACGUUUUUACUCUGCUGGUCACGAAGACGAAAGCUUUGAGUCGUUCACCGAGCGCUAUGUCAAGUUCUUUGACGGUGUUGACGAUUUGUUUGAACUCCAACGUGGCUUGAACAACGCCUUUGCUUAUGAUCUUGUCCCUGCACCUUCGGUUGUCGAAUCAGCACUGAGAGCCUCGCGCCGCGUUGACGAUUUUGCCACUUCCGUUCGCAUCUUUGAAGGUAUCAAGGAAAAGGUCGAGAGCGAUAAGCAGUAUCAGCAAUAUUUGGAAGAGUUGGCACCUAUCAAGGAAGAGCUUGGUCUCUUGACCAAGGAGGAGCUGGAGCAUUCGCAUAUAUCUCUGCGGAAGGAAGCAAGUUGUCUCAUGCAGGAAGAAGACAACAAACCAUUCGAGAUUCCUAAGGCAUUUGACGAGUUUUUUGGCAAUAACAAGAAAGGCACUGGUCAACAGCAGAACCAGCAGCAACAGCGACCAGGACGUUCAGGAGGACGACCCGAGCCGCCAUCCCCACAACCCCCUAAAACCAAUAUUUUACUCGGGACGUUGGUAGGCACGUAUGUGGUAUACAAGAUGACAGAACCAAGCGAAAACGGACGAGAAUUGACUUGGCAGUCAUUUCGGUCAUCAUUGCUGGACAGGGGGAUGGUGGACAAACUUGUGGUUGUCAAUCGGGACAUGGUCAGAGUGUAUCUAAGGCCUGAAGCUUUGUCGCUAGGCCUGAACCAAAACCAGACAAUUUAUUUCAGUAUUGGCUCUGUGAACAGCUUUGAAAACGCACUUGAAGCAGCACAGGACGAACUAGGGAUCCCGUCCAAUGAGCGUAUUCCAGUCACUUUCCGCGACGAAGUUAGUCUUGCCAACGCCUUGAUCCAUUUCGCACCGACGCUCCUGCUUAUAGGCACAUUCCUGUACCUGAGUCGGCGCACCGGAGCUGCAGGAGGCGGUGGAGGCGGUGGUGGCCAGGGUCUGUUUGGUAUCGGCAAGAGCAAGGCAAAAAUGUUUAACCAGGAAUCUCAAGUGAAGGUCAAAUUCAAGGAUGUCGCGGGCGCGGACGAGGCCAAGGAGGAAAUUAUGGAGUUUGUCAAGUUUUUAAAGAAUCCGGCAGCGUAUGAGCGAUUGGGCGCUACUAUCCCCAAGGGCGCCAUCUUGUCGGGCCCACCCGGUACCGGUAAAACUCUUUUGGCAAAGGCCACAGCAGGCGAGGCUGGUGUGCCCUUCUUGAGCGUAUCCGGUUCCGAAUUUGUGGAAAUGUUUGUUGGUGUUGGUCCCUCACGCGUACGUGAUCUGUUUGCCACAGCCAAGAAGAACGCGCCUUGUAUUAUCUUUGUGGACGAAAUCGACGCGAUUGGCAAAGCACGCGGCAAGGGUGGUCAACUGGGCGGGAACGAUGAGCGCGAAAGCACGCUGAACCAGUUAUUGGUAGAAAUGGAUGGAUUUGACUCGAACGAGCACGUUGUUGUUUUGGCUGGUACCAAUCGACCUGAUGUGCUUGAUCCAGCACUGAUGCGACCUGGUCGUUUUGACAGACACAUUGCGAUAGACCGACCGGACAUUGGUGGCCGCGCACAAAUAUUCAAGGUACAUCUCAAACCAAUCAAGACGAGCGAGGACAUGGAGCAGCUGUCGCGUAAGCUGGCUGCAUUAACUCCUGGGUUCUCAGGGGCGGAUAUACACAAUGUGUGCAAUGAAGCUGCGCUGAUUGCCGCGCGUCACAUGAAGGACGAAGUAUCUGAAACCGACUUUGAACAAGCCAUUGAGCGGGUGAUUGCAGGAUUGGAAAAGAAAUCGCGCGUCUUAUCAGCUGAGGAGAAAAAAACGGUCGCUUAUCACGAGGCUGGACAUGCAGUGGCGGGCUGGUACCUUAAGCAUGCAGAUCCUUUACUCAAGGUCUCCAUCAUUCCACGCGGUGUCGCUGCGCUUGGCUAUGCACAGUAUCUUCCAAAGGACCAAUACCUGUAUUCCGUCAAGCAGUUGCUAGAUCGCAUGUGCAUGACGCUCGGUGGCCGUGUGUCAGAACAAAUAUUUUUCGAAAGCGUAACCACUGGCGCGCAUGAUGAUCUGCAAAAGGUGACAAAGAUGGCUUAUGCACAAGUGACCACCUAUGGCAUGAAUGAAAAGGUCGGACCCAUGUCCUUCCAUGAUCCACAGGCCGAGCAACAAUUUCAAAAGCCAUUUUCGGAAGAGACGGCUACAUUGAUAGACGACGAGGUCCGUAAUUUGGUUAACGGUGCAUAUGAUCGUACAGUCAAUCUGUUGACAGAACGCAAGGAGGAGGUGGAAAAGGUUGCCCAGUUGUUAUUACACAAGGAAGUCAUUAGUCGGGAAGAUAUGGAGAAUUUACUGGGCAAACGGCCGUUUAAUGAAGUAACGGUUUACGACGAAUAUGUGCGAAAAAAGGUAAAUGUGUGGAUUUAUUGCCUCGAGAAUGAACAAUCACUAACUUACUACCUUGUAUAG